AUGAGCGACAAGCACAACGAGAUGGUCGACACGGUCAUGCACAUGGACACCAAACAGGAUACGGUCCUGGAGCAGGAGCGCGUGCACGUUACGGAGGAGCAGAACCGCGCGAUCUUGCGCAAGACAGAUAAACAUAUUCUCGUCACGCUCAUGAUCGUGUACUUUAUGCAGGCGCUCGACAAGACCAACUUGGGUAUCAUGAAUCUCCUCGGACUGUCCAAGGACCUCGGACUCAAAGGGACGCAGUACUCGCUGGUCAGCAGUGUGAUUCCCUUUGCACAGAUGGCGUGGCAGCCAUUCAGCUCGUACCUCGUUGUGCGGGUCGACACGCGCGUGCUCAUGACGGCACUCAUUGUUCUGUGGGGCACGAUGGAGACGAUUCUCUGCGCCGCCAACUCGUACGCAUCCAUCAUGGCGAUCCGUUUCUUCCUGGGUCUCUUCGAAGCCGGCUGCCUCCCACUCUUCAGCGUCCUCACUGCCCAGUGGUAUCGCCGCUCGGAGCAACCACUCCGCGUCGCGCUGUGGUACGGCACCAAUGGCCUGUCGUCAAUCAUGGCCGCCGUGUUCGGUUACGGCUUUGCGCAUUUGUCGGACGGCGGUCCACUGUUCAAGUGGCAGGGACUGGCGAUUCUGUGUGGUGGACUCACGCUCAUCUCCGCUCCACUCGCUUGGUUCUGGAUCGACUCGACUGUAGACAAGGCCCGUUUCCUCACUGUCCAGGAGAAGGAGUUGGCCAAAGAACGCCUGCGCGCCAACCAGACCGGUGUCGGGAAUAACGAGUACAAGUGGAACCAGCUGUGGGAGGUAGCAUAUGACCCCAAGUCAUACCUGUUUGUUGGGAUUGCCAUCCUCAUCAACGCCGGCGCGGCUAUCUCGUCAGCUUUUGGACCGACGCUGAUCAACAACAUGGGUUUCGACAAGUAUAUUUCCAACCUCCUCAAUAUUCCCUUUGGCGCUCUCCAGCUGGUAAUUAUUGUCGGGGCGAGUUGGGUUGCCCAGCGUUUCUCCAACAAGGCCAUCCCGCUCGCCAUCCUACAGAUCCCGUGCCUCGUCGGUUCCAUCCUCCUCUACACCCAAGGAACGAGCGGAAACUUCCACCAGGGCAUCGGCCUCUUUGGUUACUAUCUCCUCUCGAGCGUGUUUGGCUGUAACCCCCUCCUCAUCGCUUGGGUCAUGGCCAACACUGGUGGACAGACCAAGAAAUCUGCCCUCCUCGGACUGUACCAGUGCGGCGCGGCGGCGGGAAAUAUCCUCGGACCCAUGCUCUUCAACGCAAAGGACGCGCCGUACUAUAUCCCCGGUCUACGCGGUUGCAUGGGCAUUUUCGCCGCGCAGCUCGUCUGUGUCGGCGCGACGUUUUCUAUCCUAGUCUUGCUUAACCGCCAGCGUCGGAAGCAGCGUAUCGCCGCUGGCAAGCCCGAGUUUAUUCGCGACACGUCCAUGGAAAACAAGUUUGAGAAUUAUGCCAAUGACGGUGUGCUGGGCAAGAAUGCGCUCGACGACCUCACCGACUUUAAGAACGACGAGUUCGUUUACGUGUACUGA